AUGCCAUUUGCACCGUUUGUGGGUGUAAACCUUCAUGCACAGUCAAUCCUGUUGGGUGCAGGCCUUAUUUCAAGUGAGGAUACAGAAUCAUUUGUUUGGUUAUUUAAAGCUUGGCUUGAUUGCAUGGAUGGAAAAGCGCCUAAUACAAUUAUUACAGAUCAAGAUCGUGCUAUGAAAAAUGCCAUCGCCAUUGUCUUUCCCAGCACGCGGCAUAAAUAUUGCUUGUGGCACAUAUUGCGAAAGGUCCCUGAGAAACUUGGUUCCCAUGGUCAAUACAAAUGUGGCCUGAAAAGUAAGUUGCUAUCUUGUGUAUAUGACUCUCUUACAAUUGAGGAGUUUGAGAAUUCUUGGAAAAGCCUCAAUGAUACUUUCCACUUGCAUGAAAAUGCAUGGUUGCAAAGCUUAUAUGCAGAAAGAGAGUUUUGGGUGCCGGUAUAUUUAAAGAACUCUUUUUGGGCUGGAAUGAGUACAACUCAAUGCAGUGAGAGCAUGAAUACUUUCUUCGAUGGCUACAUGCAUGCCAUAAAAAAUCUUAAAGAAUUUGUUAAUCAGUUCGACAAUGCUCUCAAGACAAAAAUUGAGAACGAAAACCAAGCUGACUUCAAUUCAUUUAACUUCACCAUUCCUUGCAUAUCACACUUGGCUCUUGAGAUGAAGUUUCAAGAUGUAUACACAAAUGCAAAAUUUAAGGAGGUUCAGCAAGAGAAAAUGGGAAUGAUAUAUUGUCAUUGUUGUUUCGAGAAAAUGGAGGGAGUAAUCGCAAUUUACUCGGUCGAUGAUCAAGUAAAGGCUGAAGAUUUCAUCAAGGAGGUUACGUAUACUCUUUACUUUAAUGGGGCCGAGUGUGAGGCGAAGUGUGUUUGUGGGUUGUUUGAGAUGCAAGGGAUAAUAUGUAGAUAUAUUCUUGCAAUCUUUUCAGUUAAGAAAGUCCGUGAGUUGCCAGAGAAGUACAUAUUAGACCGGUGGCAAAAAGACAUAAAACGGGCUUAUACUUUUAUUUUGACCAAUUAUGAUGCUAUUGAUCGGAGACCUGAAACUGUUAGGUAUAAACGUAUUUUGAGAACUUUCAAUGAGGUAAUAACAAAUGCAGUUUCAUGCGAUGGGCAUACUGAGGAAAUGAUUUCAAACUUGUAUGCGAUGAAUGAGGUUUGGCGCACAUCGAAGCCCUCCAACACAGAUUCCAAUGUUAGAGGAAGUACCAUGAAUGCAUUCACAGAAGGAAGUUCCAAGAAGGUGCUAAGUCCCCAUGUUGUCAAAGGCAAGGGAAGACCCCCGUGUAAGAGGAGGAUGUCCACGAUGGAGGAAAGAGUGAAGAAAAUUAAAACUAAGACUGCGAAUAAGAGAAAAGAUAAGGGAAAAAGUUGCACUGUGGUAGGAGCAUAUUUAUUGUCAUUAUUACCUAAUGUUACUUCUACUUACUUCUGA